UUUAUCCUUUGGGCUCUGAAUCACUUACUAAUUUAAUUUCUCCUGAUUUGGAAGAUUGUCACACUCAAAAUAAGCCUCAAAAAAGAAAGAGAUUGGAAACCAACUGUAAGAAUUCACCGCUUCCAGUCCAUUCUAAAAAGACUAGAAGUCACCUUGUCACUGGUGAACAGAUUGUGAAUGGUAAAUAUAAUGGAAAAGUGUGUAGUGAUACCUCAUCAAGCUUGCCAGAUAACGUUGGUCACCAGAGUCCUGUCAGGACAGUUGGUUCCUCGGAGCAGAAUGAGACUUUGGAAGCUGGAAACAUGGACGUGGCUCCUACAGAAGAUCCUGCCACCGUUACUGGCUCUGGAAUGCUCCCCCGAAGUGAAGGAUCUGGGCUGAAAAUGCCAUCCAAGAGCAGAUGUUUAUCCUUUGGCCAGACUCUCUGUGUCCAGUGGAAAAACUCUCAGGCACUCUGCUGGCUAGACUGUAUCCUCUCGGCCCUGGUGCACCUGGCGGUGCUGAAGAACACUGUGCUGGAGAUGUGCUCCAGGGAGGAGUGUGUGUUUGGGAGGCUGUUGGAAGCAUACCACCGAGCAGAUACGCUUCUGCACACCCAUCACUUGCAUGCUGUCACAGGUGAAGAUUGUAAAAAACUGACGUCAGAAAUACUUGCAGAGAUAGAGACCUGUCUGAAUGAAGUUAGAGAAGAAAUUUUUUUUAAACUUCAGCCUAAGCUUAGAUGCACAUUAGGUGAGAUGGAAAGUCCUGUGUUUGCAUUUCCUGCACUCUUAAAACUAGACCCCCAUGUGGAGAAGCUCUUUACAUACUCUUUUUCUUGGAAUUUUGAAUGUUCCAAUUGUGGACACCAGUAUCAAAACAGGUGUUUGAAGAGUCUGGUCACCUUUACAAAUGUUGUUCCUGAGUGGCACCCACUCAAUGCUGCCCAUUUUGGUCCGUGUAACAGUUGCCACAGUAAAUCACAAAUAAGAAAAAUGGUGUUGGAGAGAGCAUCGCCCGUAUUCAUGCUGCACUUUGUGGAGGGCUUACCUCGGAAGGAUCUGCAGCACUAUGCAUUUCAUUUUGAAGGUAGUCUUUAUCAAGUCACAUCUGUAAUACAGUACCAAGCAAAUAACCAUUUUAUAACGUGGAUUUUAGAUGCUGAUGGGAGUUGGCUGGAGUGUGAUGACUUAAAGGGUCCAUGUGCUAAAAGACACAGGACAUGUGAGGUGCUGGCCUCAGAGAUACACAUUGUUGUUUGGGAAAGAAAGUUCCAGGUACCGACUGAACCAGCCGCCUGCCUUCCACGCACAAAGCCGAGAGCGCGGCACGCGUCAGGUGAGGAGCAGCCAGCUUCGCCAGCACUGUGUUCUGUGGGUGGGACUGCCACCUCAGAACCCUCAGUCACCCACCCCACACACAUGCCAGUUGCUCCUCAGACUUUUCCAGAAGUCCAAGCUGUAGCUCCUGGCGAUAGUGUACUUCCGGGAACAAAAGGCGUGCUGGAAACUGCCUCUGUUUCUCAGAGUGACUCCAGAGAUGGCCUGUCAGAAGACAAGCCUGUGGCCGAGAGUGCAGGACUGGGCAGAGCACUUCCUUGGCCGCCACGAGACUCGCUGAUGACUUCUCUACUGUCUAGCCCAGGUGAAGGAAAGCUAGUCAGCCCACCAGGUGUGAGCACACCCCCGCAGGCAGCAGGACCCCCGCAGGCAGCAGGACCCCCGCAGGCAGCAGGACCCCCGCAGGCAGCAGGACCCGCACAGGCAGGAGGAGACACUGUAGUUCCCAAACCCGUGACUGAUGCCCGUGUUCCUAUUCCUGCUCAGGAACUGAAGUCCACGGCAGCUGAGAAGGACACUCAGAUACAGCUGCUGCCACUUACAGCUGAGAGGCUAAAACCCACACAACCUGGUAAAUCUCAGGCAUCUGGUCUGAGAAAGAGAGACAUUGCAGCAUCUUCUAAUGUGGGACCAGCCAGGUCACCACAGAACCAGCCUCGGAAAGGUGAUCAGAAGAAAGCUUUCGUGGGAAGCUGGGUGAAAGGGCUGCUGAGCAGGGGUGCUGCGUUCAUGCCGCCCUGUGUUUUGGCUCAGAAUAGAGCAGUGACUGACCUGCAGCCCUCGGUUAAAGGAGCCAAUAAUUAUGAUGGCUUUAAGACGAAAAAUAUAAACCGGAAGGCUAAGAGGACGUCCAGGAGGGCGGCUGAGCACGUGGACGAGCCGUCUCCAGACAGCAGCUCUGCACCCUCAGGUGGCACAGCUGCUGUGUCCCGUGCUGGUGGGACGGCCUCGUCACCCCCGUUGAAGGGGCAGGAAAGCUCAUGUGCAGCGCCCCUCACCCACAGUUCCCGUGGCAGUGAAAGCGCCAUCUCUCCAGCAAGCUGUGGAGAUGCAGCUGAAGAUCAGGUUCAUAAGCUUCGGCUCAAACUUCUUAAAAAAUUAAAGGCAAAAAAGAAGAAACUAGCUGCUCUCAUGUCUUCUCCGAACCGUGGGACAUCUGUAAGUGACCAUUCAGAGCCAGUGUCCCAGUGUGGGUCUCCAAACGACUGUGAGUCCAUAGAAGAUCUGUUAAAUGAGUUACAGAAUCAAAUUGACCUUGCGGACAGCAAUUCCGGGUGCGCCACUGCUGGUGGUGCCUCAUGUAACGGCCAGAGUCAGGAGGAGAUUUUAGCAGAAUUGCUGUCGCCUACGGCCCUGUCAGAGCCCUCAGCAAGUGUGGAGCCCGACUGGAGGUCCUUGGAGAUGGGGGUCAGCACACUAGCACCUGAUGAAUUCAGUGCUGCUGUUUCCCAGAACACCUACCCGAGACAGGACCAUAACUACUGCAGCCCUGAGAAAAACCAGUGUGGAGCUGAGCUCCCUUCACUCCCAGACAGUGCCUGUAUAAGAACCUUGAACUUGGGGAGCCCCAUGAAGACUGACAUUUUUGAUGAUUUUUUUCCUACUUCAGCAUUGAAUUCUUUAACAAAUGACACAUUAGAUCUACCUCAUUUUGAUGAAUAUCUGUUUGAGAAUUGCUGAGUUGUUGUUAACGUUUUAGUUUAACACUGACCACUACUGCAAGAGGAUGUGACUUAUGGGUAGUGUUGGCUGACAUGCACGCCCUUGUGUUCUAGCCUUGGGGAAGCUGUAAGCUCCUGGGCUCUCCCUUUGGUUCUUGUGAAGCGUGGGACCUGCUGCAAAUUAAAACCCUUGUUUUUGUCA